AUGGAAGUUGUUCUGUCUGCGGCUGCAGGUGACCUUGUUAGCAGAUUCUUCUCCUUUUUGAUCGGGAGAUACACAGCCCUCACAUGCUUGGAGGAGACGCAUGUGGAUGUGGAGAGGUUGCAGCAACUCCUGAUAAGAGCUCAAAUGGUUGUCGAGGAGGCCGAUGCACGGUACAUCACCAACUCUGGUAUGCUUCUACAACUGAAGAUGCUAGCUAGGGCUAUGUACCAUGGUUAUUAUGCGCUAGACACUUUCAAGUGCAACCAACUCAUAAACAAAGAGGGCUCCAAGGAAGUGAUGGAUGCUGGCUCAUUUGCAUCAUAUCUUGGCACUGCCCUGAAGCGCUUCCGCACAAACACUGAUGUGUCAAAUCACAAAGUUUAUAACAACUGUGACCUAGAAGGUGCCUUGUUGAAUUUAGAGACUGUCGUUUCUAAUAUCACAGAGUUUGUUAUACUUUUGGGUGGGUGCCAACCCAUGUUUCGCAGACCCUACGACACAUAUCUUUACGUCAACAACUUCAUGUUUGGUCGCUGGACCGAGAAGCAACAAGUUGUCAACUUCUUGCUACAACACUUCCAUCUUGGUUCUCCGCCUGUGCUUGCCAUCAUCGGCGGCUUCCAAGUCGGGAAGAAGACUCUCGUAGCUCAUGUAUGCAAUGAUGAGAAUGUCCGCAGUUACUUCUCUUCAAUUUUGCACUUUAAUGAAGACAAUUUCUGUAGGAUAGAGAAUGAAACGUGCACAUCAGGAAGAACACUGGUUAUUGUCGAAUUUCGUUCAGAUGUUGAUGAUGAGAAGUGGAAACCUUUUUACCGGGCAGUGGCAUCCAUGCGCAUAGGAAGUAAGAUUAUAAUCAUAAGUAGGAUGGAUAGCUUGAUGAAAUAUGGUACCGUGAAGCCAAUCCACCUAAGUAAAUUACCGGAUGAGGAGUACAUUUACCUCUUCAAGACACUAGCAUUUGGAAGUGCACGCACUGAGGACCACCCAAAGUUGACAUUGUUGGCAGGAGAGUUCAUCAAACUGUGUGAUGGGUCAUUUGUGGCAGCAUAUUCAGUUACCAAUGGGUUGAGGACGAAUCUAAGCCUCCGACACUGGGUUUGCAUGUUUAAGAGAUUCAAGAAUGUGACAAAGAACAACUUGUCCAUGUUUGGUGAGCAUCUUUCACACCGUUUCAAAAGACAAUGUCUAGUCGACUUCACCAACUUUCUUCCUUCUCCUGCUGCUCCACUAUACCUUAUGCCUCCUCGGACUGAAGCUGAGGUUUCCGAAAGGAGACUAUCCAAGAUUAAGAUUAGAGACAUCAUUGAUGAUCCCUCAGUUCGUCCCAAGGGUGACUUUAUAUUAGUGAUAUGGGAAUCAAGGAUACCUCCUUAUACUGAGUUCAGUUACCAUGUUCCGUCUUGUGCUCAACCACAAUCUAAAAUAACCUUGAGGAGGAAGCGUGAAGCAACUAUGUCUGUGUAG